ACUCAGCUGUGUUGUUUGCAGCACUUCACUUUAGACAUUUAUUCAGACCUGAUAUUCUUUGUUCGUCUGCAGUUCAUUCCUGCAGAAGACCAACAAACUUGAUAUAACACUUUAUGAAAAAUAGAAGCUUUCGUCAUUACAUUUCAAGUUUAAGUAACUUUUGAUUUGAUCGAAUUAUUGAACACAUUUUCUUUUAUAUCGAAGGGGCUGUUGUGUAGGUAGCUUCAUUUUUAGUCCUGUGCAAAGUCCAGUAGGUUUUAGAAUGACAUCUGUUUCGACUUUGCACUAGCUGUUUGAAUUAUGCUACAAACAUCAGCGAUGGAUAUGCAGCUUCCUCCCCAUGAAGGAGACGCGCUCUCUGUGGUCGACAUGCACACUGGAGGAGAACCUUUACGGAUCAUCCUCAGCGGCUACCCAGAGAUCAAAGGUGACAGCGUGCUCUCCAAGCGGCGUUACGUCCGGGAACAUCUGGACCACCUGAGGAAGGUGCUGAUGUUUGAGCCGCGGGGUCACUACGACAUGUACGGAGCUCUGAUCGUGGACAGCGAGCUGCCUGAUGCUGAUCUGGGGGUCCUCUUCAUGCACAAUGAGGGGUACAGCACCAUGUGUGGACACGCCGUCAUCGCACUAGGACGCUUUGCUGUGGACUACAAACUGGUGAAAGAACCACAGUCCCCAGAGACGCAGGUGAACAUCCACUGCCCCUGUGGGCUGGUGAAGGCUUUCGUGGAAUACUCUGGUGGUAAAACAGGAGGAGUGAGGUUCCUCAGUGUGCCUGCGUUUGCAUUCGCCACAGAUGUCACAGUGACUGUGGAAGGGUUUCGAGAUGUGGUGGUGGACAUCAGCUAUGGAGGAGCUUACUACGCCUUUGUAGACGCCCAGAGGUUUGGACUCGAUGUGAACAAGUCCAGGACUCGAGAUCUGGUGGAUGCAGCCACUGCAGUGACGAAUGCUGUCAAACACCAAGUGAAGUUGCAUCACCCUACCAGUGCUGACCUAGCCUUCCUCUAUGGCACCAUCCUUACAGAUGGCAAAGAUGAUUACUCCUCUGAUCCCACUGCAAAUAUAUGCGUGUUUGCAGAAGCACAGGUGGACCGGAGCCCCACUGGUUCUGGUGUUACGGCUCGAGUGGCUCUUCAGUAUCACAAAGGUCUGAUCCAGCUGAAUCAGACCAGGACGUUUCAGAGUGGAGCCACUGGAUCCCAGUUCACCGGGAGAGCUGUAGAGGAAACAAAGUGUGGAGACUUCAAGGCUGUAGUUGUGGAAGUUGCCGGCAGAGCAUUUUACACAGGAGUUUCACGCUUCGUGCAGGAGCCUGAGGAUAAACUGACACACGGUUUCUUACUGAAAUGAGCCUCAUCUACAUCAGAACACACACACACACACACACACACACACACACACACACACACACACACACACACACACACACACACACACACACACACACACACACACACACACACACACACACACACACACACACACACACACACACAGACAAGAUAACAGUGCAUCUCUCAAGUUGGAGUUUGGGGUCAUAAUAAACCUGAGUAGUAAAAGUAAA